AUGAGUGGCGCCGAUGUUGCAGCAGAGGCUGCCGGCGUCACCACUAGUACGCAGGGCAGAGUUGACAACCUGGAGAGCAAAGUUUCAGGCCUGACGGACGAGGUACAGCAGCUGGCUGGGCUGCUUCGAUCCGCCCUCGGAAAGUUAGAGAAGGAGGGGGAGUCCGGCGGCGCUGGGGUGGGCGCUGUCGUUACGGGCGAUGCGCCCACCCGCGGUACCCAGGAGGGGGCACCGCAAAACGAGGGAAUCACGCCACCCUCAGACCCGGCGGUUGGGCCGGGUGGCGGACGUGACAGGGGAUCGCUCCCCCCAGACAUGGACGGCCAGUUCGUAGGGGCCACGGAACCCCAGCCGGACGUCGGGGACAUGAACAAACCCAAAGCUACGUUGCUGGCAGAGGGGUACUCCGAGGCGCAGAUCCACCGCAGCCUCCAAGCUUUCCACUUUCUGUCCUCGGCCCUGGUGAGGGAGCCAGACAAGGCCGUCUUCGGGAGAUGUGUGACGCCGAAGCAGGCGUUGGAUGAACUCGACAAGGUGCACAACCCGGAAUCGCAGGUAGCCACACAGGAGUUGCUCAGCAAGUUUCAGAACUUCGCAAUGCCGGCCGACAAAAACCCGACUGAAUCGCUUAUCGCCAUGGAGCAACUCGCAAGUCGUCUGAACGAGAGAGGGGUCAGGGUCGAGGCUUCUUACAUGCUGUCGCUCUUCCUUUCGGCCCUAGAGGCUGAGUACGACCAUGCCAAAUUGACUCUGCAGUCCGCACCGACUCUGGACCGGGGAGAGGUCAUCAGAGUGGUGGGCUCCCAGCACUCCAGCAUCAAGCAGGGGAAGAGCCAUCGGAACAGCAACCGCAACAAUCACAAGGCGUCUGAGCAGGGAUUACUCGUGAGCGCCGACAAUGGCAGCGGCGGAAAAGCUGGUCGCAACCGCGGCCGCGGGGGACGCGGCGGUGGCGGAAACGGCGAAAAUGGCGGCAGCGGCAACGGCAACGGCAACGGCGGUGGAGACGGCAGCAGCUACGGCGGCCGUCGUAGGGGCCGGUGCUACCGGUGCAAGAGGCGAGGGCACCAGUCGUUCUCGUGCACUACCCCCAUCGCCGACUUCAUGACCCAGUGCGAGAACUGCGACGGGUAUGGACACGAUAAGAGCAAGUGCCCGUCGACGAAGGACGAGGAGGAGGCGAAGGGCGAGACGGCGGUCAUGGCGGUUGCGGUGGCGAGCGAUGACGAGGAGCUGGAUGUGGCACGUGAGGCCUUG